AUGUACAUAGGUCCUUUCCUUUCCUGGUAGCGACAAUGAAUAACCGCUUAAAGGUCGGUAUUAGCAUGAUGAAAAUGAUGUCACUUCCUUCAAAGUGUUUGUGUGAGAUAUUUUACUAACACUUGUGACCUACCAGGAUAUUUAAUGAGUCACAUCUAUAAAUGAUCGUAUAGUGCACACGUGAAUUACGUAUUUGCGUAAAUCACAGCAGCUGUUGUUAUUGGAUUAAUACAUAGUUAAUUGUAGUUGCAUUACACCUGAACUGUUAUGCUACAAGAAUAUUUAUUUUCCGUCGAUUUUGCAAAACAUACAAGCUACGGCCAAAGGGAAAUAAAACUCUCGAUGUGCUUUUAAAUGGAUUUUCGAGGACAUCAGUUAUCCUAACAAUAAGUCGACCGGCAAUUCUACUAGAAAUAUUCAAACAAAACAGAACAAAAAACCCACAAAAGAGUUGAGCAUUUAGGUAAAGAGGAUCAACCCGUAUUGAAGGGUCGAGUUUCGUGUAUUAUGAGUGGUUGCAGAUGUCCUAAACACUUAAACCCGUAGCGGAAAUAAUUUGAAAUGAAUUAUACAUUUUACAGGAUUACAAUGUAUAUUUUAAUACUUUUGGUGGCAUGCCUCAAGGUGGCACAUUUUACUAACGUUAUAUCAUCGCGUGCUGUGCCAUGGACGAGUGCAAAAAAUGAAUGCACCUUGGUCGUGCCAGAAUUGAUGAAACCUGGAGAUCUAAAUUUUGACAUUCCUAUCAUAAAUGGAACAGUUAAUACAACUCUUGCUUGGAUCGGUAGAUAUAUUUCUUAUUCGAAGUGGAUUGAAUUUGAAGGAUGUUUUAAUACAAUUGAUGAUUUUGAUGUACAGGAGUUUGAAAUAUCCGAAUAUAAUGAUAAUCGCGUAUGGAGGUGCCACAGUCUGUGUUCAGGAAAUAACUUUGGAUUAACAGAAAGUGUAUGUAAAUGUUUCACGAAGUCAACGAGAUAUAAGGACAUAUCCUCGCUUUGUAAAAAAAACUUUCGAAAAGAACGAAAUGGAGGAUUAUACGGAACGAGUGGCUGUAUUUGUAAAUACACAAAAAGUGAAGCUAUGUUUGCGGAAUCGAACGAAGGAUCAACCUCCCACACAAAUAUGUCGACACUGAGUUAUUGGAACGAGCCAAACACCCUGCAAUAUGACAACAAGACCAUCGUCGAUCGCAUGAGAAGUAGGACCGAAGUUUACCCCGAUGUUGUUCCCUUCGUUGAAAGGCUACUGUCUGGUUCAAAGAGAUCGAUCACAAAUCAGGAAUUUCUGCAGAAAACUGAGAAGAUAGCCAAAUACCUUGUAUCUCUGGGAGUUAAAAAGGGCGACAAGAUUGCCAUCUAUGGGAAAAAUUCGCUCGAGUGGAUCAUUGGAGAAUUCGCUAUCUUCUUUGCAGGAGCUGUUUCAGUUCAUAUCAAUAUACUGACAAGAGACGCAAGUGAUGCCUUGGGAAUGAUCGACAUAUGCAAAUGCAGAUUCUUGCUUAUAGAUCCGACAAACGACAACGGCGCAGCACAGCUGAUAUCUGCGUUCAAAGAGAGAGAUAGAAAUAAUCAUAUAUUACUUCUCAGAAAAAAUGAGAAGUAUCAGUUCUAUGAUCUAGAAUCGGAGUUUUGCUCGCCAGAUAGAAAAUCAGAAUUGCCAAACGUCGACACAGACGAUGAUGCCAUGAUAUUUGGUACCUCUGGCAGUACAGGGACUCCUAAGUUGGUCCUCUUCACCCAUUUCAACAUUGCUUGCAAUACCCCUACAGAUGCAGACAAUCCGUCGUAUUCUCACUUCGGAGGGCCGUCAAAGUUCACUAUUUUCAACGACCGUACAUUUAGUUGGAUGGGAGGAACACCAAUCACAAAUUUCCUAUAUGGCAACCAGAUGAUAUUUACCUCAACCUCGGCCAAUCCAACAAAGGAAGAGGCGAUGCAAAUUUGGAAAAUGAUACAGGAGGAAGAAUGUAACGGAGGAUGUUUUCUGCCAUAUUUACUGCAGAAUAUUAUCGACACACUAGGGAAAGUAGAAGAUGACGGCUUUAGACUACAUAUGCUUUUCUCUGGAGGUCAAAUCAUCGACGACGCAUUCAUCAAGACCGUAUGGCGAUACUGCAAGCUGUUCUUUAUUGGCUAUGGCUUUACAGAAUGCUUCGCCAGUGUGUCCUUAAUUCCAUUGUCUGAAGGUCAGCCAUACUGUACCGGGUACGUUGGGAAAAUCAAUAAGGGGGUGGAGUUGAGAAUUGUUGAUGGAUCGGAGGACACCGUUCCGCUUGGAAUACACGGGGACAUCCAAAUUCGUCACAAGGCACUGUCCAAAGGGUAUUUUGCAAAUGAUGAACUGACAAAAGAAGUGUUCACAGCGACAGGAUGGUUCAGAACUGGCGACAUCGGCUACCUGAAGGACGAGGGAGUUCUCAUCAUAACAGGAAGAAAGAAAGAUAUCAUCUCUCGAGGAACUAUGAAAAUCACACCUGGAUUUGUAGAGGAAAAAAUCCAGAGUAUGCCUGGCAUCAAAAAUGUGGUUGUGGUGGGAGUGCCUGACGAUCAUCUGCUCGAAGAGGUCUGUGUAUGCUUUAUUCCUGUCGAGGAAAUGGACGUUACCCCUGCAGCUGUUGAGAAUUUCUGCAAGGAUACCUUUUUGAAGGAGGAAACUUUAGAUGGUAUGGGAGAGAUGCCGAAAUAUUUCUUGCGUUUUGAAAUAUUCCCAUUACUUUAUAAUGGCAAACUGGACAAAGUACAAUUGAAAAAGUUGGCAGCACAAAAUCUAAAACUUUGUGAUCAAUAACUCAUCAAACGCAAGCUUGGUCGUGUAAACUCUACACAUGUAUUGUGUACGUUAUAGAGACUAGUAUAUCGCUUGCUUUGCUAUGUAAAUAAUCUGUUGACAGGGUUAACAUCAAAGGAAACCAAAAGACCAAAUCAAAACCGGAAGAACAUGGUGAUUAAGCGUUCUAACGAAAAACGGAGUUCGAACGGUGUGGACAUGAUAUAUAUAUCUAUCCCCAUUUUGGCUACAGGAUCCCACACUUCUGUCUCAAAGAGGCCAUUAUCUUCAUUUAUACACCAGAACACGGACAAAUCAACAAGGGCUCCGCCAUGUACCUCACCGUAAUCCACAUGGUCUAAUUAUAGUAACGGAAACCUUGACCGUAACAUUGUAAACCCCUUCUGUACAUGUAUAUCUAAAUAUCAGUGAAUCAUAAAAAAAAAUGAAUUCUUUGGAUUUCAAGACAAGGACCAUACACCCAACCUACUUUAAUGUGACCCUAACAUUGGCCUUAGAAAUUUGUUAAAUCCCUAUUGCACAUCUACCUUUCACAGCGUAUCACCAUUUAAAACAGACAGACAAACACAGCUUUUUCAAAAGGGCAUCUGCAUCUUCUAUGCAGGGCCCGUAGUACUGAAUUUCCUUGUAUAAAUGAUUCUCCAUGCCAUAUAAGGUAGAGUCUCAGUAGUUACGGACAAAUCUCCAUUUCCUUGAUCACUGUUCCUCAAUGCAACACCCUGCCACAUUUUGUCAAUAUCCCUUCAGCUGUUCUCCUAAAAAGUCUUUUUAAGGGUAGAUUUUUGGUUUGGAAUGCCUUUUUAAGCACCAAGUCAGAGCAAACUUGAUCCUUGUACUCAAAGUAUGGUUACUGGCCCUGCUGUAAUUUGCAUGCACUAUCAUGAUUAUAAUGAUCUUGUGGGAUAUUAAAAUAUUUGUGUACUUAUAACAGUAAAUGUAUAAUCUUUAGUCCACUGGUACCUACCAUGAAUGAGAAAAAUCCACCGAUAAACAGUUUAUAGUUUUAUUAUUAAUAGACUUAUAUAUAAGUACAUUAGUAUUUUUUUCUCAUUCAUUUUAAGUACCUGUGCUUCAUCCGAGUUUUAUUGUGAAAUAUUAAAACAAACAGAAUUUCGAGUUUUGUAUGUAUUUUAUUCUCCGGUAUUUCCCUUGCUCCAUGUACAGUAUUAUCAUCAUACAAUAGAAUUACUUUUCUUCAAAGUAGUCUUAAUAAAGUAUUAUUAUAUUUUGUGUAUAUAUAUAUAUAUGUAAUGAAAAUAAUAAUAUCAUCAUUACUGAAAAGUAUUUGUUCAGUGCCAUGUACAAAGAUUGAUUUCAUACAAAUGGAAUAAAUAUUGCACUUAUUAUAUCAUACAGUUGUUUGGCUUCUCCCUGUGCCUUUAGAAUUGUAGAACAUGCAUAUAAAGAAAUCACUUUGGCAGCUAGACUAGAAAUUCUUACAUAGCUAGCCAUGUAAGAUAGAGUUUUCACAUGAUUGAAAGCCUUGGAAAGCCAUGUAAGAUAGAGUUUUCCCAUGAUGGAAAGUCAUGUAAGAUAAAGUUUCCCCAUGACGGAAAGCCAUGUAAGAUCAAUCUUUCUCUCACCCUGGACAGGUGUAUCCACACUUUUACCGGUGUUAAAUUUCCUCGUCUCACCCUAGACUCCCCUAUUCAUAACAAUGGUCUGGCCCUCUUUCACCUUUGGGUUGAAUGUUUUUCUGUCUUACCCCAAGAUGGAGAAAGAUUAUAUUAAUCUUGCAUGGGCAUGACAUCACAAUGCAAAGAAAAUAUUAUGACAUCAUGCCGACCCAAGUUUGUCGUCAUAUUAUUCUGAUUUGCCAGUUUGUCAUGUAAUAUACAUUUAUUGCCAUGUUUUUCAUGAACCAAACUUUCUUCGCUCUUUCCAUUGGGCAAGAUAUACUUUUAAAAUUGGUUCAGUAUUAGAAAAGUUCAAGUUUUCAAACAAAAUAACCCUAUCCUAUGUAUCUUAUGCAGGAUAGAAAUACCCCACCCUCAGAUACAUAGUUUGGGUUCAAAAACCUUGACAAGGAUUUCUUUGUCUCAAAUUUUGUACCCUCGUUUGGGAUAUUUCUAACCUACAUACAUACAUACAUACAUACAUAUG